CAUUUGACGUCACAAGCGACACGGCUGUCUGUCCUUGGAGUCUGGGUGAAAAUGGGGUAUUGGGAGAUACCGGAGGGAACCGACUGUGUGAAGAAGACAUGGCUGACAACGCGAGUUGGGGCAGCACUGGGUCUGGUUGGUUCUGCAUACCAUAUUGUCGCAUUUCAGCCCAACACAGCGUUGCAGGGACUUCAGAGAGCUGCUACAGGGACCAUAACUAUGGCUACUCUUGGUGCAAUCUUUGGGAUUUCCACCUGUCUUAGUGCCCAGAUUCGCGAGAAGCCAGAUGAUGCUUUUAAUUAUUUUGUAGGAGGGUGUGCUUCAGGCAUCUUCCUAGGUGUCAAAACCCACAACUACAUGACCGGGACAACUGCCUGCCUUGCCCUGGGGACAAUUGCAGCCCUCACCAAGAUUGGGAAGAAGGAAGGCUGGGUCUUAAUUCCAUCUGAACCCAAAUUAUGACCUCACUUGACCACUCUGCUUCCUGUAAAAUAAUUGCUCUUAUUAAACUAAAACCUAUGCUUAUGGAUUUCUGUAUACAA